AACUCUUCGGUAUCUGCACUUCAGUGGGCGAUACUUGUCCUCACGGACGCGUGGCUUAGGUCACGCGCACCUCCCCUUCCUCCCCCCAUCACCGUGGCUGACGAAUUCUUCGACUGCUCUCGACUUGAGCACGCCUUCGACACCCAGGAGCAGGUCGACGUCUCUCGCGACGACCCAGAAAGCAACGGAAACCUAGCCCCUUUCUUCAUCUGUGAUCGGCAACCGUGCCCUAAUCGUACUCCACGGUCCAUCACUGCCAACGAAGGGCGCUACGUACCAAUCCGACGAGUCCAGCACCCCAGCGGCCCAGCACUCCGGUACGCUGGUACUUCGCGAUCCACAUCUCGCCACGUCACUCCUGUCCCAUCUCGACCCGCCUCCCCAGGCACCCGCAUCCCCCAACCUGUCGCCAGUACAGGUCAAGCACGAGGAGAUCCCAAUCUACCUCGAGGAAUUGAGGCAGUCGCACAGCCUACAGUGACCCCUCAAGCGAUCCCCCAGCCCUCCUUGGGGCCGCGGUUGGAAGGGCCUCCCAAGUCCGAGCCCCGUGACACUCCACCGCAUUCUUGGGCCGGCUCGUCGUCAGCGGUCACCGCCUCGACUUCAGCCCCUGUCCUAUGUCACCCCGCCUCCGGGCUUCCUCAAUCGUCUCCACCGCCAUCGCCGCCGCGAGGCCGCCCAAGCACUCGUUCCUCGCGAAGUUCGCCCGGCGGACAGUCACAGCAGUCGUCUUCGCCCGCGGGCAGUCCUCCGUCCCCCUCGUCGCCGGUAAUGUCGUCGCCAGCAUCCCCUCCUAAUAAGGAGACAUUGAAGCUCCUCCUCCCGCUCCGAUAUGAUGGGAAGUCGGUGGUCGAAUGCAACCGCUUCAUCUCGCAGUUGCUCAUCUACUGGGCGAUCAACACAGCCCUCUCUUCCAUCGAGCUGAAAAUCCAGGUUGCCCUCAGUCUCCUCGAUGGUGAUGCGCGAACCUGGGCCACCCCCAUCUUCUCCCAGCUUGCCGCCGUCCAGAUUGGGGUCCAGGGAGUGACAACCCCCUUCGCCAAUGAAGCAGCCUUCCUUACGGCAUUCAAGGCCCGCUUUGGCAAUCUUGACGACGCCGCCGCCGCACAAGUAGAGCUCACCAAGCUCUGCGCUGACAAAACCAUGCACAAGAAGCGCACCGCCGCCAAAUUCUCUGCGCUGUUCAAGGGUCCGGCAGACCGCUCCGGGUAUGGUGACCUGGAGCUCCGCGACAAGUACCUGAGCGGCAUCCCCUCCCGGGUCUACCGGAAGAUCGAGCUCGAGACGUUCGCCACGUGGCGAGAAGCCGACACGCGCGCCACCGAGGUCGAGCAGAUCCUCGACAUCAGCCAGGCCCGACGGCCCGAAUUGAACAACUUCUUCUCGGCUCGAGGACGGAGAUGCGGUGGAGCACAUGGUGGUGCACCCCGAUCGCAAGGAGCUUCGGCCAGCAUCAAUGCGGCCGUCGGAAAAGGAGACUUCCCUGGCAGCUGCUUCAGCUGCGGGAAGCAAGGGUACCGACGCUUCGAGUGCCCCAACUGUAAGGACAAGCCUUACACAAAACGCGCCGACACACGGGCUACGGUUGCCUCGGGAUCCACCCAGGCCGCGACAAGCACCCCCAUCACGACAUCACCCUCGGCAACAAUAAGUGCCGCUUCAGCGAAAUCCGAGCCAUCGGAGCUGGCGGACUUGAUGGCACAGGUGAAGUCGAUGCGUGAGGAGCUCGAACACUAUCGGGCGAUGAAGGAGGAGGGUUUUUGA